CACAACCACCUGGUACGGAAACGCCCUCGCUUAAGAAGCACACAGGAAGUAUUGCACACACAAAAUGCAUCUCAAGCAUCACCACUAACAGUGUUGCAGUAGAAGAGAGUGGUGUGAAAGAUGCAUGGGAGUCGCAUCUUCCUUCUCACCUCCAUGGUGCUGACUGCUGCCAUCCGUGUCUCUUUGGCCUUCAACAUUGAUAAGACAGACCCUGAUGUCUAUACUGGCGAACAAAAAGAUUUCUUUGGAUACAAAGUGGUUCAGUUCAUGUCUGGCACAGAGAAAGGGAUAAUUGUUACAGCACCUCUACAGCGAAAUGGAUCUGGGGGAAUAUGCAAACCUGUUCAUGUCAACAACACCCAGUGCUUCAACCCCGAAGAAAUUUCACUUGACAACGCAACAAUACCAGUCAAGCACCUUGGCCUGUCAAUAGCUGAACACUCCAACAGCUCCCGAUUCACUGUUUGCAGUCCAAGUGUCGCCCAUGAAUGUAACGAGAACUCUUAUCUGAACAGCGUGUGUUACACGAUGACAAGUGAUCUUCAGCAGAUCUCCCGUUCCACACCUGCUUUCCAAAAAUGCACAAAAAAGACAGUGGACCUUGUCUUUCUAUUUGAUGGAUCUGGGAGUAUGACUGAAGCAGAGUUUGAGAAGAAUAAAGACUUCAUUGUGGAUAUAAUGAAGAGCCUCAAUCAAACAUCAGUCAAGUUUGCAGCAGUUCAGUUCUCCUUUGAUUACAACAAAGUUUUUGACUUCAAUGACUAUCAAGCUGGUCGUGCUCUUGAAUCUCUAAAGAAAGAACGCCAUAUGAAGAGUCUUACCAACACACACAAAGCACUCCGAUUUGUGUUGGAUGAAAUCUUUGAAAGCCCGCGUGCAGGCGCCUCUCCUGAUGCAACUAAAGUUCUGGUGCUGAUCACAGAUGGAGAUCCCAGUGAUAGUGACAAUGGCAUUAUCAAAAGAUAUAAUGACAAAAACAUUAUUCGCUUUGUCAUUGGGGUCAAAGACGUGAAGCUGGAGAAAUUUAAGGACAUUGCUUCAGAACCAAAAGAUAAAAACAUCUUCAAAAUUGAGAACUACAACGGACUCACAGGAAUACUGGAAAACUUUCAAAAAAAGAUCUUUAGUAUGGAAGGCUCCAAACAGGCUCUAGCUGGAGAGCUGACUACUGAAAUGUCUCAGAGUGGAUUCAGUGCCGUCUUCUACAAGCAGGAUACCAUGAUUCUGGGGUCAGUGGGAGCCAACAUGUGGCGAGGUUCUCUCCUAGAGCUUCAUCAACAAAAGGAAACACAAAUUCUAGAUCCAUCCAUGAAGAACGACUCCUACAUGGGAUACUCAACUUCUGUUGGAGAGAAGAACAAGGCUCCUCUAUAUUUCACUGGUGCACCAAGAUUUGAACACAAAGGACAGGUCCUACUUUUUCAAUAUAAUGGCAAGAACUGGACCACAGCCCAACGGAUAAAUGGGGAGCAGAUUGGUUCCUACUUUGGUGCAGAGCUGUGCUCAGUAGAUAUUGACUCAGAUGGGAACACUGAUUUUCUGCUGGUUGGAGCUCCCCUGUUUUUCCAGGAGAAGGAGAAGAGAGAAGGCCAUAUAUACGUCUACACACUGACUGAUAAGAUGCUACUGGAUAGAGAACAGAAUAUAUCUGCACCAUCCAUGGGGAGAUUUGGCACCACUAUAUCCAGUCUUGCAGAUCUGAAUGGAGACGGACUCCGAGACGUUGCUGUUGCAGCCCCUCUUGAGGAUGAUAACAGAGGGGCUGUAUACAUCUUCCUUGGUGACAAACACAGAGGGAUACGCAGCACUUUCAGCCAGAGAAUCUUGGGGAAGGAAAUACAGCCUGGGCUGAGAUUCUUUGGACAGUCAGUGUAUGGAGAAAUCAACCUUGGAGAGGAUGGACUCCCAGACAUUGUGGUCGGAUCACAAGGCAUGGCUGUGGUCUUGAGGUCCAGGCCAGUUUUUAAUGUCACGGCUCAUCUGUCCUUUCAACCUCACAUUAUAAGCACUGAAAAAAUUGACUGCAUAGGCAACACAAACGAAAAUUUACCAAUGGUUAACUUAACUGCCUGCUUUGAAAUGGUAGAAACAACAAAGAGCAAAGCAGGGGCGAUUAACAUCUCGUACACGCUCCGUGUGGAUCCAACGAGACAAAUCAUUCGAGGCACCUUCAAUCAAAAUGACAGGAAAGCUAAAAAUGUUACUUCCACUGCUGUACUGAGGGAUAAAGACACCUGCUUCAACUACUCCGUCUACAUGCCAAAAUGUGUGAUUGACACCUUAUCACCCAUCAGCAUCAAAGUGAACUUUGCCCAAAAUGACAGAACAGGUCCCGUCCUGAACAUGGACAGCAAAAGACAGGCUGUUGUUGAGGUUCCCUUUGAAAAGCAAUGUAGAAAAAAUGACACCUGUAUUGCUGAUCUUGAACUCACGUUACAAUCCUUGACCCCAACAUUACUUGUGGCAAAAGGGAACUACUUCAGCCUGUCGGUAAAUCUGUCCAAUCAUGGUGAUGACUCGUACAACACCAGCCUUUCAAUUCAUCAUCCAGUAGGCCUCUCCUUCGCUCAGAUGACUGUGGCAGAGUCAACAAGACCAACGCUCCACAGCUGUAAGGACGUUGUUGAUAGAGUUACAUGCGGCAUCAGCCUUCCUGUGUACCGCAGCAGAUCAGCUGCAACAUUUACAACUUCUUUCCACAUCGAUACUGGAUACGAGUGGAAUGACACUGUUUCAAUGACCAUUACUGGAAAAAGUGAUAAUACAAACUCCUCCAGGACCAACUCCCUGACCAAAAGCAUCCCAGUACAAUUUCUAAUUGAAAUGGUAGUAACAGUGAAUGAAGACACCAUCACCUAUCUGAACUUCUCGACAGAGGAUGCAGCACCUAAAGAAAUGGUUGCUAUAUACAAGAUAAGAAACACUGGUUUCAAGGCUUACCCUAUCAAUGUGUCCCUGGUCUUUCCAACUAAACUGGACCACAACUUUCAAAUGGAGAAUUAUCAAGUCCUUGUCCAGCAGAACAAAACCCAAUGCACAGGCAUUACUGACAAGAAGUCUGACUACUGCUCUCCAGAAAAAUACUGCAGAAGAAUUGUGUGUGAUAGUUUCAUCCUGGACAAAUAUUCAAGCACAGAGUUUAAUCUGACAGGAGACGUACAGUUUAAGGAUCUCAAACAGCGUGCAGAGAAUAUUGCCUUUCUUAAGCGAUAUACUGGAGAGGGUGCGGCGGUCAAAUUUAAAAGUUUUAUAGAUAUCAGCUAUGAUGAUCAACGAUAUGUGCUGCAUUCUACAAAACAACAGAAUAAAGGGGAUUUGAAACAGAAAUCUGCUGAAACUGGCUUGUGGAGCGAUCCAACAAAGAAAUGGACUGAAGUUCAAGUUGAGUUCAUAAUACCCCCGGAUCAACUACUGAUCAUUUUAACUGGAGUUAUUCUGGGAUUACUGCUUCUGAUCAUAAUUACAGUCAUCAUGUUUAAGUUGGGAUGCUUUAAGCGGAAAACGCUUGAGUAUUAUCAAGAACAGGAGGAAAGAGCUUCUCUUCAGGCUGGUGGCGACACGGACUUAACCUCUGACUUCACAGAGGGGACUGCCAGCCAUUCACAGGCUAAUGGCAAAUCUGAUGAGGAAAAGGAUCUUUUGGAUCUUGGUCAAGCAGAUGGUGCCACCCAGCCGGGUGAUACAAAGGAAGAGCUGGAUUAAAGAAAACCACUUUCAAAAUGGGCUAUGGCCAUUUAUAAGGAUAUGAUUAGCUUAGCUUAACAUAAAAACUGGACACUAUAGUACAACAAGCUAAUAAAAUCAGCCUGCCAGCACAUCCAAAGCUCUAAAGUGGGCAGAUGUAUUUUAGCAGAUCCAGUCUAGCCAUUUCAUUUCUUAUUGUAGUUUUUAUGCUAAACUGUAUCCUCGCUGCAGAUUCAUGUCAACUGGUCAUCAGCCAGGAGACACUGGACAACUGGCAAAAGAAGCCAUUCACAUGAGAAGCCAAUAACAGAGACAGGGAUGACAAUCUUCUGUUGUCAUGUGACAGAUUCAUUAGGUACAGUCGGCCAUGUAAUGACACCUGAGCAUACUCCAUAUGCCAAGGAAGACACUGAAGCUGAGUUCCAUGAAACAAACAUGGUGAAGCCUUUUCCUUCUUUCUUUUCUAUUUUUUUUUCUAUCCAAGCUUUCUAUUUAAAUGAACUCUGAUGAAGCAGGUGCAAACUUAACCCCUCAACACUGUAAAUACCUGAGCUAUGAUUUCUAGUAAUGUUACAUCUGAUUGAGUGUGACCCUAUCAACCAGCCCAGUCAGCAGGAUAAAAUGUUGACAUAUGUUAUAGCAUAACGUUCACAUUUGUACAUGUCAUAGGCAACGUACCAUAUAGACAUUUCCACAAAUCAUGUCAUAUCACAUUGGCAUUACACCCUCAUGACCUGACUUUCAUUUAGGGAGGUGGAGUGGAGGUGGUGUUACAGGUGAGAAGGCUGUCAAGCCAGUGACUGCUGCUCGAGACUGCGUUUUAACAUUUGUCAGUGUGAAGCUACCUCUGGACAAUUUCCAGCCGUGUUUGCUAACAACAUCUACUGAAGGAGUUACAAUGACUAGGGAUAAGUGCCUCAUACAACCCCACACCAAAAUACCUUAACUAUCCCUUUAAGCCAGAAAGUGAUCUUUUCUGAACCCCUGCCUAAGCCUAGUUAGAGAAUAAUCACAGCAUUGCUGCAAGAUUAAACAUCAAGAAAUAGUUAGUUGCAUCAUUACAGACAUUACAAAUCUUAAUGUAUCCAUGGUUCCCAGAAACAUACUGCCACCGUUUAUCCUGCUGAUUGGGUUUUCUCCACAGAACUGGCUGUUUGUUGAUGUAAAGCUGACCAAGUUUUAUAUUCUUUUGCUAAACUAGAUUCACCUAUAGCAUCUGCUACAUUAAUCCAUUAGUAUUGUUAAUGAAUAUAUUAUUUGCAUUGUAAUAUACUGUACAUUACUUACUUGUAAGUCGUUAGCUAUUUUCAGUUGUCUGCAUGCUGUUGAAUGGGGGAUUCAUUAUUCCUCUUAAUUGAGUGCUUGUUAAAGGCAGGCUAAGUAGGAUUUGUUAGUAGCAAAUUAUUUGUGUAUUAGCCAUUGUUUUAUAGGAAAAUCCUACUGAUUGUUCGUGAUGAUCAUCUAAGUGCAUGCAGUGGUACAUUAAAUGCAUUUUUUAUUGAUAGCAAUCUUGCAAAAUAUUGUCUUUAUAAAUAGCAUCCCAUGCGUUGAUAACACUUUACAGUACCUAAGGAAUGAGUAAGAGGCAAUUGGAUAGUAGAGCUCCUGGAGACUGUCCUCUUUCAUUAAGGGUUUCCUCAAACCUGAAAUGCAUUUACCUUAAUGCCUGAAGCAGUGCUCUUACAAUAUUUCAGCCUCACUUGGCACAGUUGACAUUUUACAUUUUUAGAAUAGAAUAUGGCCUUAUUGUCACUAUACACAUGUACAAUGAAAUUUCAAAGAUUUUUUGUAUUAGUUUAUGCUAUUUUUCCCUUCUGCCCACUGUGUUUCCUGUCAAUAUAUGAGAAUUCAGCACAUGCACUAUUUUUAUCAGUUAUUCUGGUGACACCAGGAGACAUUGGUGGUGCAGGCAUAUGUUGUAGCUUCCCAUUGUUUGUGUGUGUGUAUAUAUGCAGUAUAUUUCUUUUUGCUCACAAUAAACUUUUAUUCUCUUUAUCAAUAAAAACAUAUUGCCCCUUGUGUCCAAAUGA